AUGUGUAACAUACAUCGACGAAUAAGCAAAGCUGAGAUACAAGGAGCUCUGUGGAGAAUUCCACCGGUGGAUGACACUGAGCCCCCUUUAGACUCUCCUGGAAUUUCCCCUGGAAGUGGACAUUCCCGAUCAUUACAGCUUAUCUGUUACUUUGAUAACAAGCACGAGAAUGUAAGAAGUGUGUUAUGGAAUCCAUCUGGUGAUGGAAGUCAAGUUGUGUCUGUUUGCGAACAGCAUCUUGAGUUGUGGGAUCUUGACAGAAGUGCUUCAACUGCAGAGUCCAUCGACUCAGCUCGUCUAGAGGGUAAAGGUCAGCCCAAGUUCACCACAGGUCGGUGGAACCCUCAUCACAGCGGUUCCCAGAUUGCAACAGCAAAUGAUGCAACAAUCAGAGGGUGGGAUGUCAGGACAAUGAGGCCUGUCUACACAAUAGAGAACGCUCAUAGCCAACUGGUUCGUGACCUAGACUUUAAUCCGAACAAGCAGUAUGUGCUGGUCAGCUGUGGGGAUGACUGUAAAAUGAGGUUCUGGGACANAUAUAUGCCUGCAUUUUUUUUUUUGCUGCUGGGCGCACUGAUUUUGCCGCUCAAAAAUAUAUUCUACCUCUACGUCUUUUCUGUUUCCAGGUCCCGAGAGCCUACAAAAGAUGGCGUCAUAGCAACGUUUGAUGAACAUGAAGACAGUGUGUAUGCUGUGGAGUGGUCUACCGCUGACCCCUGGGUGUUUGCAUCGCUGUCGUACGAUGGACGAUUAGUGAUCAACAGAGUUCCCAGAGCAGAAAAAUACAAAAUCCUCUUAUAGAGAAACGUGGUGCUGUGUAUGAAAAGGGCUUCAUCAACUGAAUAAAGUUAUCUGGGGAUCAAAGUCAUUCCUGCCUAAGGAAAACGUGCAAGAGGAGAGGAGUUGGAAAAUAGGUUUCUACCAGUUCGAGGGUUCUCUGCUGUCGGUUACGUGUAAAAUAGGUACAUUUGAAUUCCUUCCAUACAGCUGUCGCCGUUAAAAAUUUGCGUCUGAGAACGCCAACUGUUCUGUUGAUGACUUGACCUAGUGGUUGCCAAAUGAAUCAAGGCAAAAAAGUAGUAAAAACAAAAAAGUAAUACUUUUUAAAAACAUAACGUCCCAUCGGGAAAUUUACGAUGCAAAAAAUCUUUUCGAGUUUUAAAAACAUUUUCCUCUUUCGUUGUAUAUUUAUG